GCGGAGAAGCUAUAAAAGUGAGAAGCAGUUGAGGAUUGAGGCUCGACUGAGGGACAGACUGGAACCAGGAUCAGACAGUUUAAAGGGUUUCAAGGGGAUUUUAGACACUUUGCUUCAGACCCGGUCUUGGUCUCUGUUGGACAAAGACAAGGUCUCUGUUGGACCCGGUUUUUGGGUGUCGUCAUGCCGUGGCUGCUGUCCUCUCAGUUGGAAUGUCUGUCUUCGUCUCCGUCGCAGCGUCAGUGCGAGCGGACGGCGUUCUCGUUCUACUGCGCUGUGCGUGAGCAGCUGCCGGUCUGGACUCUGGAGGACAUGCGCAGUAUGGAGGUCUUCUGCUGGGAGGACGGAUGCCCGCGACCCUUCCUGCCAUCAGAGGCGCUGCUGUACGCGCUAGUACACGACCACCGGGACUACGCGCGCUACCUGCUCGGCAGGUACUCGGUGAGCGCGCUCAGAGCGUCGCGCUGCAGCUUCUGCUGCCACCGCAGCAGCAGUUCGCCACACCUGUCGGUGGCGGUUCGCUACGACCGGGUGUCGAUCCUCAGCAUGAUGGUGGAGGCACUGAAGGACUGUGACGCGCAGGGCGGGCAGCGGGACUACCUGGACGGCUGCGGUGGCUGCUCACAUGUGGCGGACUCGGGUAAGACGGCGGUGCAGCUGGCGGUGGAGCUGUCGCGCCCCGACUGUCUGCUGCUGCUGCUGGCUCACGGCGCGCGGCCCGACGGCCUCGACGCCGCGCUGCAGCGACUCGUCUCCUCCGACGCCGCAGAGCGACGCCACGCACAGCGCUGCCUCGACUUCCUGCUGCUCUACCUGCCCAACCCGCCAGCGCUGCGCCGCCUGCAGGAGGAGCCACAGCACUGGCAAAGCCUGCUGGGAAAUGAAGUCUUCAGCUGGCUGUGCGGUCUAGCCCCGCCCCCCCUCUUGCUGCAGGCGCUCAGGUGUUUGGCGCGGUCCGGCCCGGAUCGAAUUGCUGCGCUGCCUGACUUCCUGCAGCUGCACAGCUGGCAGUGACUGUCAUCAUGGCAACACACUCAGGACUGCUGUGAUUGGACGCCGUAUUGAUGAUGUAAAUAAAAUGUAAAUAAAGACAAACAGACUGAUAACUGAUCAGCGAUCAAUACUGCUGUCCGUCUGACCGACAGACUUUAGGACCCUGAGGAGACUGAAGUGACAGACCUGGAGAUACAAGGUUUUAAUAUGUAAAGUUUGUUUGUUUGACUUUUAUUGUGAAAUAAUCUGAUGGAAGGACGUUAACUUCCUGUUGAUGUAACUGUGAAACAUGUUUCUACCUCAGUGAGUUUCAAACUGAUCAGAGUUCAGUCUGGACCGAUGUUUAUUCCUGGAUAUUGACUGUAAAUAAACACAAACAAAGGUG